UGUAUCAUUUUCCCAUUUCCCUAGCGAGAAAAAGAACCCAAAAGCCUCUCCUAAUUACACAUCAGAAAAAUCUCUCCUUUCUAUUUCUCUCUCAUCCUCUUCGUCUCUUUCUUUCGCUCGCUUUUUUUUUAUUUAUUUCGAUUCACCGGAACCCUAACUCGAUCCGCCGGAGAAUUUAAGAUUCCGUUUUGUGGUGCAGUAGAUGACCGCACGAUUAGGGAGGAGUUGAGAUCAAACGGCCAGGGAUUUCGUCACCGGAUGGAGGGAGGUAGCGUCUCUAGACUUACUUGCUCUGGAAUACACUCAUGGAUUAUGAUGACAAUGAUUUCCAAAGCCAGAAUCUUCAUUUAGCUGGUGAGGGAAAUAAUAAAUUUCCUCCUGUUUUACGACCAUAUGCUCUCCCAAGAUUUGAUUUUGAUGACAACCUUCAUGGGCAUUUAAGAUUUGAUAGUUUGGUUGAAACUGAAGUUUUUCUGGGCAUUGAAAGUAGUGAAGAUAAUCAGUGGAUUGAGGAUUUUUCACGGGGGAGUACUGGGAUUGUAUUUAGUUCAAGUGCAGCAGAACCGUGUUCAAUUUCUAGGCGCAAUAAUGUCUGGUCUGAGGCAGCCUCCUCAGAAUCUGUUGAAAUGCUAUUAAAAUCUGUAGGACAGGACGAAACUAUUCCUGGUCAAAUUAUUAGUAAGGAUUCAGAUGCCUGUGAUGAACUGGGCUGCAUAAUAAAGCAGAUGGAGCCUAGUUUGAAGCACGGAGAUAGUGGUCUUUCUAAAGAGGGGGAUGGCUUACGGCCUGCCUUACAGGCAGGUGAGAUUCCAGGGAAAUUUUCUGGGCUGAAAGGUAAUGUUGGAGGAGAUCAUCCACUGGUUGAAGAUGUUUCUCAAAUGCAUGAAGGUGAGCCAACUGUAGAUGGGGCAUUCAAAGAUCCUAAUACCAUCAGCAGAAAUACUGACUUACCUGUGACUGAGAGAGAUGAGUCUAAAGAUUGUGAGCAAAUUGUUGUUAAUGAAAAUCAAGUGGAUGCUUUGGUUGAUCAAUCUGUGGAUAACAGGGGACAGGAAGAUAAAUUUGCUUCUGAUUCACAAGUUGAUACUCUGAUUCCCUCUUUGCAAAAUACCUGCACAAGUAGUGCUUUGAUAGAUAGUCAAGAUACCACACAUUUGAAAAAUGAUAUCAUUGAUGAAACUGUGGACAGUUUAGAGAGGGUUGAUUCAAAGCAAGAAGUUCAUAUUGAUGGUGGGAACUUGGACAUGCAAUCUAAGGAUGGUGUACAUGUUAUUCGAAAUAGCACAGCUAGUGUUGGUGAGCCUUGUGAUAGGAUAGUGAAAGGGAAUUCUGACCACCAUAUGGUGGAAGCAUGCAGCGAGGGCUUGGGUGUAGAAGUUCCUCUGCAAACUGGCAAAUCUGAAGACAUUGUCUUGUCUGGAGGAAAAUUACAUGACAUAUCACCGAUGCCCUUUGUUGGUGAUAUGACCCUUAAGGAGCAUGAAAGUCAGGUCAGCAAUACUGAUUCUAAAACUUGUACAAGUCUAGAGUCAAAGAUGGAUUCAAUGAUGCAGUUAACAUGUGAUGCUAUUGAGAAGAAGGAUUUGUUAGAAACUGAUUGCCACCCAGAUACGAAAAUCUUGAGCAACAAAUCUGAGAAAUCUUCGUCGUCAGUGGAAGAUGGUAAAGGUUCUAAGGGUGAAGGUGAACACCUUCACAAUACAUUGGGAGUAGAAACCAUGAGAGUAUGUGAAGAAUAUAUAGUCACUGAACAUAACGAUGAUUAUAAAUGUGAUGAAAGUGCUUCGGCUGCUGCAAAGCAGAACACUAAAUUGCCUUCUGAUUAUGAUAAUGCAGAUUGUGGGGAUGGUGGAUCUCCACUUGUUGAAAAGGGGGUUGAUUCCUCAUCCUUUAGCACAUGUAGCACAGAAAAUGAGUUAGUUUCAAAUAUACAAUCUGAUGUUGCUGCCAGUAGCAAGUCAGUGGAUUCUGUUCUUUUGCCUUCUGGUAAGGGUCUUCUUACCGGCACUGUUUUUAAUCAGAAAGAGGUUCAAGUGUCAGCUUCAGAAGCAAGUUUCUCAAUCAUGAAGACAAAUUCUGGAUUGACAACCGAAAAAGGUGCACUUUGUGAGACUGGUGAACAGUUCUCUUGUAAAAAGGUUGAUCAGUCCUUGGCAAUGGAUGCCUCUAAUGCUGAGGGCCAAAGUGGAGACCUGACACUUCACAGAGUCACACUGGAGGGUGGAAAGGAUAUGCAACCAUCUUCUGUUGUCUCUGAUUCAGUGGUGAGAGAGACUGAUGGAGCUGAAGCUCAAGUUAUUUCUAAAUGGGGUUCUUCAGAAGCUGCAGGUGCUGUAUCAAUUCAGCAGAAUGACAAGACGCCAACGAAUCCGGUGCCUUCAACUUCAAAGGAGCCCUCCCAUGAUCCUGACCAAAAUCGUUCAGAAGACAGUGACCCCAAAUUAGUUUCUGAAGAGAAGAUGCAUCAUGUUGAUGGUGAUCCUGCGAAGACUCAUUCUAGUUCCUCUACUUCUGUGAUUUCAUCUGAAUCUCAAACUAAGUUUCACAUGAUAGAAAGUGGAAGUAGUAGUGUUGAUCUUGACAAUCCUUCUUGCGGCUCUCCGAUUGUCAUUAGAACUUCUGAGCAGUCACAAAGUAAAAUUGAGGAGGGUGUGAAAAGAUCCGCAGAUCAGAGUGCUUCAGCGUCUGGGGUCAUUAAUGGGGAAGCGAGCGAGGAGCAGUCUAUUUCUCAGGAUACAAAAGGAAAUGAUGCAUCUCCAGGAGACAGAAGUUUCACCUUUAAGGUACCUCCAUUGGCUGAUAUGUCUGAAAAAGAAGCUGGCAAGAAUUGGCAACCCUUUUCUACCAUGCAACAUGACAAACUGUCCUCGGUCGUGGAGGGAACUCCGUCAACCUCUGGCUCAAGCAAAGUGGCUGCCAAGACUGCUCAGGAUGCAAGUCAUGCAAAUCCUCAGGCAUCUGAGAGGGAGAAAGUGCGUGUUGGCUCCAGAGGGACUUCUGAGCGUAAAACAAGGCGAACAGGUGGUAAGAACACAGGAAAGGACGCUGCAAAAAAGGGAAUUGCUGCAAAAGAAACAACUCCUGCUAGACAAUCAGAAAGAAGUGAUAGAUCAAGUAAUGCAUCACUCAGUUCAGCUGGAAUUGGCCAGCUCAUUCAAUCCAAUGAGAUGCAGCACUAUGGGCACAUUGAAGGUGGUAACAUGAAACCAUUUGGUCUUUUUUCUUCUUCAGUAUCUAGUCUGCCAGACUUGAACACCUCAGCUUCUUCAUCUGCAGUUUUUCAUCAGCCUUUUACAGAUUUGCAACAAGUUCAAUUACGUGCUCAGAUCUUUGUAUAUGGAGCUCUGAUUCAAGGAACAGCACCUGAUGAGGCCUAUAUGAUAUCGGCAUUUGGGGGACCUGAUGGUGGAAGGUCCAUAUGGGAGAAUGCCUGGCGAGCAUGUAUAGAGAGGGUACAUGGUCAAAAAUCUCAUCUUGUUAGCCCUGAAACCCCAUUGCAGUCACGUAUAGGUGCUAAACCUUCUGAUCAAGCAAUCAAACUGAAUGCAGUUCAGGGUAAGGUUACAUCCUCACCUGCCAGUCGAUCCACCAGCAAGGGUACUCCAACAACAAUUGUAAACCCAAUGAUACCCCUGUCAUCACCACUGUGGAGUAUUCCUACCCCUUCUGGUGAUCCCCUUCAACCUAGUGGCAUUCCAAGAGGUGCAGUUAUGGAUUAUCAGCAGGCACUUUCUCCAUUGCAUCCUCCACCCAUGAGGAAUUUUGUUGGACCUAAUGCUUCUUGGAUGUCCCAAUCCCCUUUCCGUGGCCCGUGGGUUCCACAGACUUCUGCAUUUGAUGGCAAUGCCCGUUUUCCUGUGCUUCCCAUCACAGAAACAGCUAAUUUGACUCCUGUAAGAGAAGCAUCUGUGCCUUCUUCUGGCAUGAAGCCGGUUUCCCCGGUUCCCAUGGUUCAGAGUGGGAGUCCUGCUAAUGUUUUUGCCGGGACUCCCCUGCUUGACUCAAAAAAGACAACAGUAACAGCUGGUCAACAUUCUGCUGAUCCAAAGCCUAGAAAAAGAAAAAAGUCAACCGCUUCUGAGGACCCUGGGCAGAUUAUGCUGCAUUCUCAAAAAGAGUCGCUUUUGGCUACUGCUGCGACUGGUCAUGCCUCUACACCUGCUGCCGUUUCAACCCCUGCUACCAUUGUUUCCAAGUCCUCCACUGACAAAUUCAUUACGUCUGUCUCUGCUGAUCAUCUUAAGAAGGGCGACCAAGAUUUAGAUCAGAGGGCUACUAUAUCUGAAGAGACCCUUAGUAAACUCAAGGAAUCUCAGAAGCAGGCAGAGGAUGCUGCUGCUUUUGCUGCUGCUGCUGUUAGUCACAAUCAAGAAAUAUGGAAUAAGUUGGACCAGCACCAAAAUUCUGGGUUGGCACCAGAUGUUGAAACUAAAUUGACUUCUGCAGCUGUUGCAAUAGCAGCAGCUGCGGCUGUUGCAAAGGCUGCAGCUGCGGCUGCCAAUGUUGCCUCAAAUGCUGCCUUGCAAGCAAAAUUGAUGGCAGAUGAAGCAUUGGUCUCGAGUGGCUAUAGAAAUUCUAUUCCAACUGAUGCUAUCUCUUCUUCUGAUAGUGUGAAGAAGCUGGGGAACGCUACUCCUGCAUCCAUCUUGAGGGGUGAAGAUGCUACUAUUAGUUCGAACUCUGUUAUUGUUGCCGCAAGGGAGGCUGCAAGAAGGAGGGUAGAAGCUGCUUCAGCUGCCUCAAAGCGAGCUGAAAACAUGGAUGCCAUUGUUAAAGCUGCUGAGCUGGCAGCUGAAGCUGUUUCACAGGCUGGCAAGAUUGUUGCUAUGGGUGAGCCUUUCUCAUUGACUGAAUUGGUCAGAGCUGGUCCUGAGGCAUACUGGAAAGUGCCCCAAGUGUCUCCUGAGCCAGAUGGUGCUAGAGAACACAGAGGCAAAAGUGGUAGUGUGGAAGCUCCUGGUUCAUCUGCCUGGCAUCUAAAAGAGGUUCCAUUGGACCAAAGGGAAAAGCAAAGUGCCAACCAUGGAAUGUCACCCACUCUUAGAGAGAUAGCCAGAGAGUCUCUGGAGGAUCGUUCUAGGUUGACAGGUGGCAUUUUGGGUUCUCCGUCUGCAGCAAGUGGAAAGGACAAAAAGGGACAAAAGGGCCGCAAAGCUUCAGAUAUCGCCAAAACUAAGGGAGUCACUUCUGAAUCUGAGAUUGGGUUUGGAUCACCUUCCAUGACCACUCCGACCGAACAUGAAAAAGCGGGGGAAGUUUCAAAGGAUAACUAUUUAAGGGAGGGUUCCCAUGUUGAGGUAUUGAGAGAUGGAGGUGGCUUGAAAAUAGCAUGGUUCCUGGCUGAUAUACUGAAUUUGAAAGAUGGCAAAGCUUAUGUCUGUUACAAUGAACUUCGGUCAGAGGAAGAUGGUGAUAGGCUAAAGGAAUGGGUGGAACUUGAAGGUGAAGGAGACAGGGCACCCAGGAUACGCACUGCUCGUCCUAUUACGGCCAUGCCAUUUGAAGGAACGAGGAAGAGACGCAGGGCAGCCAUGGGGGACUAUAAUUGGUCUGUUGGAGAUAGAGUUGAUACAUGGAUGCAAGAUAGCUGGUGGGAGGGAGUUGUCACUGAGAAGGGCAAGAAAGAUGAAACUUCUUUUACUAUCCAUUUUCCUGCUCGAGGAGAAACAUCUGUUGUCAAAGCAUGGCUUCUUCGUCCUUCGCUGAUGUGGAAGAAUGGUAGUUGGGUUGAAUGGUCCAGUUCUGGGGAUAAUAAUGUCUCUUCCCAUGAGGGUGAUACCCCACAGGAAAAGCGGUUAAGGGUAGGCAGUCCUACAGUUGAGGCCAAAGGGAAAGAUAAGCUUUCAAAAGGUGUUGACAUUAAGGAAUCUGGGAAACCUGAUGACACAAGAUUGCUGGAUUUUUCUGCAAGUGAAAGAAUAUUUAAUAUUGGUAAAAGCACCAGAGAUGAGAGUAAGCCUGAUUCACUUAGAAUGAUACGAACAGGUUUACAGAAGGAAGGAUCAAGAGUGAUUUUUGGUGUUCCUAAGCCAGGAAAGAAGAGAAAGUUUAUGGAAGUAAGCAAACAUUAUGUUGCUGAUCAAAGCAGCAAGACUCAUGAAACAAGUGAUUCAGCAAAGAUUACGAAAUAUUUGAUGCCUCAAAGAUCUGGACCACGUGGAACCAAAAAUAAAAUUGAACUAAAGGAAAAACGAAUGGCUGUAUCCAAGCCUAAGGUUCUCAAGUCCGGAAAACCUCCUAGUGUUUCUAGUAGAACUAUUCCCCAGAAGGACAACUUAUCAAACACCAUGGUUUCUGAACCUGAUGAUGCUGUGGCCUCAGACGUGUCAAAAUUCAAAGAUUCUGUAAGCCAUGCUGAGAAUAUAUCAGGAAAGCAUAAUGUGAUGGAGUUUAGAUCAUUUUCAAGUUCUGAUGGAGCAGCAGAGGGCCCAGUCUUAUUUUCUUCUGUGGCUCUCUCAUCAGAUGCACCCUCCAAGAAAACUUCCACAUCAAAUGCUAAAUUCGAACGGAUAAAUAAGGGGAAACUUGCGGCAGCUGCCGGGAAGUUGGGUAAAAUCGAGGAGGAAAAAGUCUUCAAUGACAAUUCAACAAAAACAAUCUCUGAAGUUGUUGAACCUCGUAGAUCUAAUCGCAGGAUUCAGCCAACUUCAAGACUACUGGAAGGUCUACAAAGCUCGUUGAUCAUUUCAAAAAUUCCUUCUGUUUCACAUGACAAAAGUCACAAAAGUCAAAGCAGGAGUACUAGAGGAAAUAACCAUGGUUGAGAGGGAGUUCAUUUGCAACUACCAACUACCGAAUCCAGUCAUGAAAGAAAAUUCAAGAGAUUAUUGGAUGACCAACAUACACCAGUGUAGCUUGUGUAAAUUAUGAUAGAGGAGAAAAUUAGGAAUGAAAAUUGCUUCUUUUGGCUUUUGAGAUGUAGUAUUAGAUAUAUUAAUAUAUACUGAUUUUUAGUUUCUUUACAAUUAUAAUCUGAUCUCUUUAGGCCAUCCCCUUCCUAGCUUGUAUAUGGAACAUCUCCAUGUAGUUUGGCUUUGAUAUUUGCAGAGCUGCGUUGCAAGUGAUCAACCAUAUAUAUUUUGUUGCUUCAA